AUGACAGAAGUCCCAGAUGGUCGGAUUGACCCCCUAAGAAAUAUUACUGAUUUUGGUGGUGAAGACCUGGAUAUAGUAAUAGCGGAAGAGAUUGCAAGUUUGGACAUAUAUCAGGCAGCGUGUGCGGAGGGAACACAGAGAGUGUACAGAGCCAAUGUGAUAGUGGUUGGUCAGGGAGGUAUUGGGAAAACACACCUUUGCCGAAAUCUGCUGGGGGAAGAGUUCACUGAGGACGACCCGGUGACGAAUGGUAUUGAGGUAUCUGGGUGUAUUCUGGAGAAACACACUGCAGGGAGAUCAUGGCAGAGAAAAGAGUCCAGUGCAAAUUACUGCAUUGAGGCACUGGCCAGGGGCUUCAAGGAAUACAGAGAAACCAGGAAAACAAACAAGACUACUGUACGGAAAAACAUUAUAGAUGGAGAUGAAGUGACUGUGAAGCAGGUUCUUGAAAAAAGCCAAGGCCAACCAGAUGUUCCUGAUUUACUGACUCUCUGGGACUUUGGCGGUCAGUAUGUCUUCUACACGACACAUCAAACUUUCCUCACAUGGCGAGCUGUCUACUUACUGGUGUUUGACCUCACCAAGGAGUUAAAUGACCCUGUCUAUGUGGAGCGAGUGGGCAGAACUGGACCAAAACCAGUGGAUAGCGUCCCAGACACUGUUGGUGAUUUUUUAAAAUUCUGGCAGAAUUCCAUCCAUACUCACACUGAAAUAGUAAAAAGAAAAGACCCUGGAUUGGUGGAUAUUUGUCCCAGAAUCCUAUUAGUGGGGACACAUAGAGAUCAACUAGGGAAAACUGAAGAGGAAAGGGUGAAGCUGACAAAGGAGAAAUUUCGUAAAAUUCAAGAAUUCCUGGACGGCAGACCAGCGCAUGACAUGCACGUGCAGCCGUACUUCUACGCUGUGAAUAACUGUGACCAGCAGGACGCCGGGAUCAAGGAGUUAAAAGGGGGAAUUUGGGAAACAAUCCAUGCACAGCCACACUGGGGAGAAGAGCAGCCAUUGAGGUAUGUACAUCUGGAAAAAAGACUAAAGGAGAUGAGCACAUCUCGGAAAUGUCUGAGCCUAGAGGAUGUGUUCCAGGAGGGAAAGCGCUAUGGUUUCGAUGUUGCCGAAAAGGUUUUAUUCUUUUUGGGAUUCUACAGCGAGUUGGGAGAACUUGUUUUCCUCAAUGAAGUUGGCAUUAGUGAAAUUGUCAUAUUAGAUCCACAAUGGCUGAUCGAUGCCUUUGCAUCCUUAAUAACUGUAGAGAAGUACCAUAAAGUUUCUAAACCAGAAGUCAGGGGUUAUUGGAAGAUGCUGGAUGAUAGAGGAGAACUAGAUGAACGACUGAUUGACAGUGUGUGGGAACAAGACGCCGAGCUGAAGGACAAUAAUCAUAUUCUUCUUCGCAUUUGUCAACGCUUUGACUUGCUAGUUGAACUACCGGAGGAACAAGCCAAAGACAAAUGGAAGAAAUAUUUAGUACCUUGUGUGCUAAAAAACCAACCCAUUCCAGACGGUUAUUUGAAAAUGCAGAAAAUUCCUCCAUUAUAUUUGAUGUUUGACGGCGGAUUCUGUCCCCCUGGUCUCUUUCAUCGCCUGGUGGUCUGCUGCUACAGGAAGUGGUCAUCUCACGACCAAAAUCCAUACUGCGACUAUGCAUGCUUCAAGGUGGACCGCUCAAUUCACACAAUAUUGGAGUUAUGUAAUGAAGGAGACGGCACAUUCAAAAUCAUGGUUGGCUCGUUGAAAGGAAGUGUCAACGUCUUGGAUGGCGACAGUGCAUUCCAGGUACUUAGCUAUAUCAUGCAAGAGCUAGACCGACUUAUUGGAGCCUACUUCCCUUACCUGAAGUACAACAUUGGGUUCCGCUUCCCACACGGCCCGGAGAAACUGACAGAAGAUCUGAAGACAGAGAUGUUGGAGAGUGAUGACGUUUGUCCACCUGGCUGCCGAGAAGUUAUUGAAACCGCCCCGUACAGGAAGUGGCUCAGGAAAAAUGAAAAUACCUUUUGUCCAUCAGCCAGAAUCGCUGUCUAUCCACCUGAUGACUUGAUGUGCGACUUAGCAAGAAAUAUUGGAUUUGAGUGGGAGGAAGUAGCUGCCUAUCUUGGAGUGGAGAGACCUCAGAUAGAUCAUCUCAAAAUCAACUUCCCCAGUGACGCACUUGGUCAGAUUCGCAAUAUGCUGUUUCAGUGGAGAGAAGGAAUGGGGGCUUGUAGCAAUGAGGAGCGUCGAGACAAGUUGAAGAAAGCGUUGGCAAGGGCCAGACGUAACGACUUAGCGGACAGUCUUAAGCUUGGGUAA